AUGGAUUCAACUUCUGGGCAGCUUGAACCAGCGUCUGGUGCACGUGCUAGUAUACCUGGUAGUGAGUACUGGCCUGAAGGCACAGUUAAUCGUGUGAAUGCUGCCAGGGCUCCUGAACCAGUUGGUGUUUCUGAGGGAAGGCCUUCCUACGGGAAGAAACCGGGGAGCAGAAGAAAGUAUAAGGGGCGUGUUUCUGCUUCAGAAUCUACAGAAGCUUGUACAGAGGCCAUCACAGAGGCUGGUACAGAGUCUAAUUCCGAAGGUAGUACAGAGGCUACAGACUUGACUACUAACCUUCUGGAAAGCUCAGAGGACGUUGCUGAUGAAUCUGUAGUUCCAUCUGAUGAAUAUGUAAUUUAUCAGACAGAAGUUAAAGAAGAUAAUCUCACUACCUAUGAACAGCACAAAAAACUAGGAAGUCCACAUCCUUUUGUUGAUCCAGCUGUGAAGAAGCCAAUUGAAGAGCCUAGAACAAGUGAAGAACUGUGGUGGAACUGGCGGAAACCUGAAAAGGAGCAAUGGUCACGUUGGCAAAGACGGCGUCCUGAUGUGGACACGGUUAGUUCUCAUUAAUAAAAAUAUUAUAAAGCAAGAGGACUCUGGUGUAUUUAUGUAACUUUUUGUAUGUGUAUAUCUUCAGUUCUUUUGUGUUCUUUGUGCCUUCUAUAGUUUACAUUGUUCAGUUCAAACUAAAAACUCAAUUGUUGUUUAUUCAUUUGAUUGGAAACAUCCCUCUGAUUUGGAAAGCUGUGAUAUUCGCGAUUUUUUCCACUUAUAUUUUAGCUCUUUUUUCAGGGCAUUGACUAGCAGAUUUUGCAGUUUCUAACAUUGGAGUUGGUUUUCAGGUUUUUGCCAAGGCCAUGGCAGAGACUGGGCAAAUAAAGCUUUAUGGGGAUCAUCCUACCCUAACAGAAACAGCACUUGCAAGAGCUAGGAGAAAUGUAUUCAAAGAAGAAAGGUAAUUGCAAAAUAAACUUUAGAAAGCUUUAUUGUGUAACCUGAAACACGUAGUUAAAUUAUGAUGCAUAUUUCCUAUUAAUAUUCUUUUAAUCGUCUUUACUUAACUUCUUAUUUUUCCUCAAAAAUGUGGAAUAACAGCCUGUAGGAACUAUGAUCUGAAGAUCACCCUGAAACGAAAAGACAGCCUAGAUCUUAAAAAACAUAAAAACCAAAUGCAUGAAUCAACUACUGAUUCUGCCCAGCCGUCUAUGAUUGACAUCCAAUAUUUGUAUGGAAAAACGAUAAAAAAAGCAUACCACUUUGUUUCUCCAGUUUGAGAAAAUGAUGGUAAUCGUUUAAUUUAUACUUUUUCAUAUAUUUUCAUUUUCCGAUUGCUAGUUAAUUGGUUACAUAGACUGCUGAGAUUCUUAAUGCGAAAUCUUUUGUCACUUUUUCUGUGUGACAAAGUGUACGAGACACCUGGCUCUAUUGAGAUUAAGCACAGAUUGAUUACACCGUAUUGAGACAACGAAAGUAGUCCUAACGAGUAAAAAAGGGAGGAAAAAUUAAAUUUCGGGACACAGCACUUUGAUGAACCUGUCAUCUUAAUGGACAAUGCAAUGGUGGAUUUAAAUUUAUAUAGUAUCUGAAACUUUUAUUUUUGUCAUCAUCAACAUAACACAAUGGAACGUUUAUUUAUUUAUAGUCAAGAGGACAGUGGGAUUUUAGAAUUAUCCUAUUUAGGAGAUCAAAUUUCCAGCAUCAUUACUGAAAACAGAGGAUUUUUGGUUGAAAGAAAGAUUAUAGAUAAGAAUCCAGUUUCAGGAAUGAUAUCUGAGUUAUCAUGUUAAAUCAAUAGAAUUUUCAAGAACCGACCAUUACUUUUCUAUUGUAAUGUCUUUUAAAUGUGUUGAUUAUGACAAAAGUGAUUGAAGGAUAUAGCAACUGUUUCUUUUUUUCAUUCUGUUGAUAUCUUUUAUCCCUCUCUUAUGAUAAUAAAGUAGGCUGGCUUUUGAUAUUUACCUUAUAAGAUGAUACACCAAUAGGCUAAAUAUAAUAUAAAGUUAAAUUUUGCAUCGGAAUGUUCACUUAUCUAAAUUUUUGAACCAAAAGAAACCAAAAGGUCAAAUCUUAAUGCAGAAAACAGUUUGUAUCUUCAUCCAAGAUGUAGUAAUUUGUAACCCGCUUUAACUCGCCAUAAUGAAAAUGCAGUUGUACGAGAACAAUUCUAAGUGAAGUCAAUAAUGAUCCCCACUGAUAAAUUACACGAAGUUCCGGAAACAUGUUCACAAACUGAUGAGGUUUCGGUGAUACACCCCACGGAAAAUGAUCUAAAGUUAUACAAUCUGUAAAUGUGCUCCAUUUGACCAGAUGGACUCUCCUAUGUGGUAGUGAAUCUCAAAACAUUAAACAUACCUAACUACCUACUCUAAAUCACAAACAUGUGCCUAGAAAUAGAAAAGGGUAAAAAGAAAUUCUGUGAGACCAUUUUGUCAACAUAGUUUAUGUACUCUAAAGUUUGGUCGUUUAUAAUGACAAUGCAUCUGACUUUUUCAUGCAAGCUGUUCAAACAGUUGGAUGCUUCCAAUACGACUUAACAUUUUUGCAGAAGCUAAUUGUUCCAGUCAGUUUGAAGUUCCUUGAAGACCACAAAACGUCUUCAUAGUAAUACUCAGGAGUAGUAUAAAAGUUCAAUUUUAAAAUAAACGAAAACAGUAUCCAAGAACCCUUUUGUUUUCUCAUGAGUAUCACAGAAAUCUAUGUUCUUCCAAAUUUUAACUUUUUAAAGUUUUGAUUUGGACACUUCAGUAUUUUUUUCCUGUCAUCAGUUUCUUCUGGUAGGUAUAAACAGUGAGUCUGUGGAAUUGAAUUUUGAUAAAUUAUGGCUCAUAGAAUUCUACUUAUCUAAAAUUUUGAAGAAAAGGAAGUCAAGGGGAGAAAUCUCUCCCUACAAAGCUAUUUGAAUCAAGUUUAAAUCUAUCACAAUUCUGUACUUUGAUUCCUUUGUGAUUUCCAUCUUAGAAACCGUACUUUUCUACCUUUGAGAAUUUCAUGGCGUCACUCAGACAAGUAUCUAUGAUUUUUGGACUUUUUCUUGAUGGUUUAAUCAGUAUAUCAGCAACUAGAUGCAUUCGCAUUUUCCCUUUACAUAGGCCGUUUUGAACUUGAUUUUUAUUUCUCAUCUCCACUUUUAUUAGUUGCGUCAUUGAUUACAUUCAUUUUUCAUGUUGAUAUAUGUUCAUUUCAUGUUCAACCAGUGUCCUGAAGUAGUAACCUGCAUUGUUUCAUGUGUUUAGGCUACAGAUAGAACAAAAAAGGUUGGAGGAAAUUGGUCCAUUGGCUUACUAUUCGGAAUGGGUCAAAGCAUGGACUAGGGAUACAUCACGAGAAGCUGUGCAGAAGCACUAUGAAGAGACUGGUGAAGAUGAGAAUACGCAACUCCAAAUAAUGUUCCAAUAUCAAACAGCUGAAGAGUAUCGCAUCAUGAUGGGUAGAGAUCUUCGUGUUCGGCGAGAUCCUUUAGCAAUGAGGAUGCGAGAGGAUCAAAUAAAAGAGAGUAUGUCAAACAUGUGGAAGUAUAGAGUUCCAUUACCUUUCAUCUGUUUAUCUUGAAUUUUUUCAUAAAAAUUACUUAUCAAAGGUAAAAUUGCUAGUUAGGUUGUGAGUUGUGAGGAAUUAUAGCAUUCUAUUCAAAAUGGGAAUGGAUUCCCGAAGUUUUAGGGCUGAUUCCAUCUGGAAUUUGAUUGGACCGCCAGUUCAGUCAGUUGGGGCAUCAGAUUUGGUUAAGAACAUGAAACGGACCUUUCAUAGUUUUAAAAUAUGGAAGAAAAGUUUAAACAGUAAGUGACUCAAUUAAAUAUUUAUACAUGGACUCUUGAAACAACUGGACCUCUAUUGAACCUUCAUUUCUCCACACCUGAUGCCCUAUUAUCCUCUAAUGUUUGGGGUGGGGUGGGGGUGGGCUUUGUGUGAAGGACAGUUAGGGGGUGAACAGUAAGGUGCCUCAUUGGUGUAGCUUGUGUGGGCUGGUGGCUGAUGGGAUAGGUUGCUGACUAGUGGCAGCUGAUUUUCUUUUCCUAAUUCCUCUUUCAUCUUCCUUAAUUGCUCUCUUAUCAUCCUCUUCUUUGGCCCUCUAGCGGCCAAUGUCGCUCUCCUCUGACCCUGUCAUUCUUCCAAAGAUGGGGAGAACUUAAUGCCAGAAUCAACUUUUUUCUGGUCGUUUCUGUGCCCUGGCUUUUCAGUUUCAAAAGGCAUUUAGAUUUCCAUUGGGAACGGCAUGGUUUAUUAUGUGCAUCAGUUCUGUCAAUCAUAUCUCAAUUGUUGAUUGUUUCCCAGGGUGAGCUUUGUUAGAUUUAAAGGUUGCAUUGAACAAUCAUUAGGUGCUCUCCAGUCAGUUAUAUUAAUCAGUCAAAUGACGGCGACGCCUUCUUUUAUUUUUAUUUUUUAAGAGAUAAUUUCCUUGUUGUUAGGAUACAGAAACCCCCAUGGUAGUCUUAAAGUCAGUUGAAAAGAUGCAUUUGUGCUUUAGUUAUGUUUCCUGUUUCACAUGGAUUACAGUUCCAAAAUUGUAACAUUAAUAUUCUUUAUUUAAAUCAUUUGAAUAAUUUCCCGUUUUGCUUGGCUACUUUGUGGAGUUUGUAAACAUUUGAAUGAUCAAUGCAACUAGCUAAAAGGGGCCCAAGUUGACCUAGUUGCAGCAUAUCUUGUAAUAUUAGUGAUAAGUGAGUCAGUUUAUAUUUAAAUUAUAGUCAUAACUUCCUGGAAAGUAUAUUGACAUCGAAUCUGGUAACGUUUUAUUCAUGGUUUUUCGCAGUAUGGGGUGGUGACCCUGUUUACCCAACCGUGAACUACAUUCAAGAUCCAGAUGAAGUGAUUGACUUUAGAGGCCCUGAUUUUCAUGAGCCAACGCCCAACAUGCUAUCUUUUCUUAUGGAGGUAUAUAUCUCUAUCUUCAAGAUUAUUGCUCCAUUUCAAUAUAAUUUCAUAUAUAUUUAUCCACUUUUUCAGUAUAAAUGCUGUCGAAAAAUAUUUCUGUCGUAAUAUACAGAUACAUUAAAUGGUUUUUAGGUUGCUCUUUACUGCUUAAUGUAUAUUCUGGCGCUCACUUUGACUAAUAGACUCUAUGUUUGCUGGGAUUUUUAUAUGUAUCUAAAAAGUAUCAUUUAUCUUCAUUAGACAUUUGCUUUAGCUGUUGUUUAAGCUAUUUCAUUUGAACAUUCUAAAAUUCUUGCAUCCUACAAUUCUUGUUUAAGCUCCGCCUUAUUUUACUUGUACACAAAAUGCUGAAAUUUUCAGUGAGAGAAAGAGUCUUCUAGAUAUGAAAAUGGUUUUGAUUGCCAUUCUCUUUCUCCUUUCAUUUGGAACUCUAAUGUCUCUUCUGCUUAUUUCUUUUUCAAUAUUAACAACGACUAGAUAAUUUGAAGGUUUUCCGUAAAUAGGAUAAAAAAUUAUCGAAGUUUGUAUAAUAUAGAGGAACAGAAAAGGGGAGAGGUCAUCUUAAAAGCUGGGAAAUGAAACACCUAUUUUUCAACAUAUUGGAUUGAAAAGGAGCACGAUUAGUUCCAUUUAUGUAUUAAAAUCUGUUGUUGAUGGCCUAUUUAUUUUUAAUACAAUUCCACUCUUUAUUCUGUGACUUGUAUUUUUGUUUGGUUAUAAUAUUUUAUAAUUCCUUUAUUGGCAUUGGUUUGUUUUGGACUUUGGCCUUCUUGAAGGUGAUUUUUGGGGAGGAAGUAGGCACACCAAGGUAAAUUGGAAGUUUUCUUUUAAAAGACGCUCCUUAUGAUGUCCUGAUGUGUGAAAUUUUCUUGUAUAUCCUAUUUUGUCCUUCCGAAAGUCCCAAAUAAUGAUUUGGAGACUUGUAAUAUCAUACCCUUCCUAAAAUAACAGUUGACGCUUCCAUGUUCUCUUGAUGUUAAAUAUGAACGUUGCUGGGAAGACCCUUUGUCAAAAAUUCUGACACUAGGCUAUUUCUGCACUUUGAGACCUCUGCUAUGACUUCAAGAACAGAGCAGGGGAUGUCUCGAGCAUUUAAUAUAUGAAAAAAGCAUGAACCGUAAUUCCUGAAUGUUAAAUAUUCCUUAAAAACUUUUCAUAUCUUCUGUUAUGGAGACAGCAAGUAAAACUUGGGAUUUCCGGUUUUUCUGGAAUGCCAACAACAAUAUUUGCUCUGAUGGUUUGCGCCAAGCUGUCAUUUCAUAGGAGACGAAAGCAUGAGACAUUUUAACCGUUACUCCAAAUCAUGGAAGCUAGGAGGCACCCUACAUAUUUGUAAUUGUCACAUUUAAGAGAAUUUUCAAAUGUAGACCUAUUUGGGUACUUCAUGUCAAUAUAGGCUGUUUAGACUCCCUCCAGGAUUUCUCUGCCCAUCAUAAAAACUUGUGACUCUUUGGAAACUUUGAGAAAAUGCAGCUUCCGCUCUUCCAGAAAAUCCUUGGCCAUUGCAUACCUUUUAUCCAGAACAGAAGAAACCUUUAAUUAGGCGAUAAUCCAUUUGUAAACCAUUUUUUAUAUUAUGGACACUAACAUGUCUGCAUUUUUAUUAGAAUCGUGUAGAUUAGUCUGUUGAGGACAUAUUAAUUUUUUACUAAGGACUCUUUGACUUCAGAUGCAUAAUUCUAACUAAGCUUCUCAAUCUCAGGAAGGAAAAAUCAUAUCAAGGAAGGACCUUGAUAAAAUAUUGGCCAGAGAAAAAACAGAAGAACUCGAGGUGAUUACUUUUUGCUUUCGUGUGGAUUUGCUAAAUUUUAUAAUUUCAAGUAACCCGGACCUCCUAGUAGUUUGAACUUUUCUUAGUUUCUCUCUGAAGUUUGUAUAUCUGGAAAAUGAAGUGGAGUUUUUGGUGAGAAACCUAUAUGCUCAUAGACUUUUCUUAGUCAAGUAGAUUACUUUUUUUCAUAUGUAAUAUUUUAGUUGUUUUGAAAUGUGAAAUACAUCAAUUCAGGAUUACAGUGCAGAAAGUACUUACAGAAAAUAAACACGUGCGUGACUGUUAUUGAAUCCUGGCUUCUAUCUUCUCUAUGUAUACUCUGUUUUUGACCUAUGAUUCUGUAACUGCAAAAUCAGAUGGCAGAUAUUGAUGAAGCAAUGGCAAGGGCUGUUGAUAUUGGAGAGAAUGAUGUGAGUUGAUUCAAUUCUCAAUUGUUGGAUCAUAUAGGUUUAAUGAUUUAGUUUUUUUUUUCCAAUCAAGUAGUAUGUGUACGCUAUUCGUGCUUAAAUAUUGACAUUGGGUCUUUCUGCUUCCUUGUACUGAAAAAGUACGGAGAAGAUAGUGAAGAUGAAGGAGAUGAUGAAGCAGAAGAGAAGAUCACACGCAAUUGGAGUGUCCUAAAGAGUACUCCUCAACUUCGGAAGACCAAGGUCUUACAUCUUAAAUUGUUUAUUUCUUCAUUUUGUAUGAAGGCUUGGUGUGUGGACAUUUUAGUAAAAAUAAUGUUUAUGUUCGUACGAAGUUUCUCCUCUGCAAACAGUUAGUAAAUAGGCAGGUUCAAAAAUGAGGCAUGGGUCUAUGGUAAAUAGCUCUUAAUAUUUUUAAAUUUUUGUUCAUGCUGGUCAAUAAAACUUUUUUUCAAUUAUUUACUUAUCCAAUCUAAACAGACUAAUGACUAGCCAGAUGUGAUCUGUAAAUAGUAACAAAAACCGAAUCAGUGUCUGGGCCACCGACAAGUACCUAUUGGGUCUCGAAUGAAGCAACCUUCCUGGGCUCGGAGAAAGCUAAUUUCCUCGACCUAGACCGAACUAGAAACCCAUGUCUGUAGAAAUUUGGCCAACUGUCCCCUCCUACGUUCAUGUGAGACAGUUAUGCUUGAGCUUUAAUGUGAAUUAAUGUUUCAAUUUCAACUUCCAAUGUCGUGACAGUUGUGGAAGCUGCAUGUUUGAUUGGUAUUUCCUGGAUCGUGAUUUGUGAAAGCUGAAUCUAAAUUGCGACGUUUUAUCUGUUUUCCAUGAUAUCUUGUCAGUAUCAGUCUUUAAGCAACCAGCUUUUUUCAUUUCUGUGCAGACCAAAGAGAAAAAGGAUGAUGAGAUGACUCUGGAAGAUGCUCUCGACGAUUCAGAGAACUUAACUGAUUUUCUUAUGGACUUUGAUGAAGAAUAA